UGGAGAUGGAGGACUCUUCCCAGUAAACUAACACUGACCUUUGUAGUGCUGGAGUCUUUCUCUGUCUUGCAGUUCAGCUUAUUGAGAGAAUCCAGCAGAGUGACUAAAUUUUGCCUUCUUGGAGAAACUGCUCGAACAAUGCUCUCUUCCAGAGACCACCAUGGGAAUGGAGAAACUGAGGCAAAAAGAGGAGUCUGCGGCUUAUCUGGGUAGUCUAUAUCUAUUCACUGAAAGGUUGCUCCUCUCCACGUGGCAUUUGUUCCUCUACCUGCCCUCACCCUUUGGUCUCUCUUUGAUGGUUAUCAACAGCUUUUCCUUAAGAUUUCAUCCCACUCCCUGACAGCCUAACAAAAGCCUCAAUAAGACCAGAGGCGGCAGACUGCUUAUCAAGAUGUCCUGGCUGUCACCUCUCUGCUCCAUUGUCAUUGCAGAUGGCAAAACGACACAGCUGGGUUUGCACCCGGAGAAAUGACUGCUGUCAGAGAUCAUCACCAGGGGAAUCUGCAAUCAGGUCUGAAGAUGUUUUAAUGCUAAGGGUUCAAUACGACUUAGAAGAAGAUCUCCAGUGGAUCAAGCCAGGAUCUUCUUUGUCCUUGUGGGGAGAGAAUUAAAUAGGGCUGGAAGAAGGAGUAAAAGGAACAGGAGCUGGAGCCAGAGAGGUAAAGCAGCAGCCAGGCAUCUAUCGCCCAGGGAUGUGUAUACCUGGCAACCAGGGAAGAUAGGACCCCUUUGGAGUGUGCAGCUGCUGCAGCAUGAACCCCCUAAGCUGAUGAGCCUUGUUAUAGACUUGUUUGCAGAAGACAGCACGUUCCAGUUCACCUCCAAAGAGACAAGGGGAGCUAGAGGCUGUCCCUGGGGCACGCCUCUGCUCUCCCCUUUCCAGCUGAAGCCCUGGGAAGGGCUGAAUCACUGCCACCUCAGUGUACAUGCACGACACCACGUGUACUGUUUGUCCUCUGGCUUUGUGCUUAUAAAUAUCUCAGAAAGCCUUGAUACAUGGUCAUGGCACUUCCUCAAUGACACGGACAGACUGACAGGCAGGACGAAGCAGGGCUCUCCUGUCUCCUGAGAGAUCAAGGGCCAACAGAACCUGCAGGGUUCAGCAUCAUGCUGGCAUUGGGCAUUGGCCAGUGGUGGAGAAGCAAGCUUUCCCUGAGGUGGAGACAGCUUUCCUGGAUUGCCUGCUGGAUUUCCCUGUAUGCUGCAGAGACUCUCCCCGCCUGCCCCUUCUCCUGUAAAUGUGACAGCCGAAGUCUGGAAGUGGAUUGCAGUGGCUUGGGGCUCUCCACGGUGCCUCCAGACGUGCCUGCUGCGACCCGUACCCUUUUACUCUUGAACAACAAGUUGAACAUUCUGCCUAGUUGGGUUUUCUCCAAUCUGUCAAGCCUUCAGAGGCUGGAUCUGUCCAAUAACUUCCUGGACCAGCUGCCUCACGCUGUAUUUGGGGACCUGGUGAACCUAACUGAGCUUCAACUUCGAAAUAACAGCAUAAGGACCCUGGACAGGGAUCUCCUACAGCACGCGCCCCUCCUCAGACACCUGGACCUGUCCAUCAAUGGCCUGGCGCAGCUGCCUCCUGGCCUCUUUGACGGACUCCUGGCCCUUCGGUCUCUCUCACUCCGCUCCAACCGCUUGCAAAACCUCGACCGGGUGACAUUUGAACCUCUAGUGAGCCUGCAGCUGCUUCAGGUUGGGGACAACCCCUGGGAAUGCGACUGUAACUUGCGAGAGUUCAAGCACUGGAUGGAAUGGUUCUCCUAUCGUGGGGGACGCCUAGACCAGCUGGCCUGUACCAUGCCCAAAGAGCUGAGAGGUAAAGACAUGCGAAUGGUUCCCAUGGAGAUGUUCAACUAUUGCUCUCAGCUGGGGGAGAGCAGUUCAGCUGGGUUGGAAGUGUCUGGGCCUCCCUGUACCAAGGCCAGCCUAGAGCCUGUUAAACCCAAGCCUGGGGCUGAGCCAGAACCCGAGCCCAGCACAGCCUGCCCCCAGAAACAGCGAUAUCGGCCAGUCAGUGUCCGUCGAGCCAUUGGUACUGUCAUUAUUGCUGGUGUGGUCUGUGGUAUUGUCUGUAUCAUGAUGGUUGUGGCUGCUGCCUAUGGCUGCAUUUAUGCCUCCCUCAUGGCCAAGUAUCACCGGGAGCUAAAGAAACGCCAGCCCCUGAUGGGUGACCCAGAGGGUGAGCAUGAAGAUCAGAAGCAGAUCUCCUCUGUGGCAUGAGACCUCCCUACCCCCAUCUGGCCUCAAUAGGAAGGGCUGGGAAAGAAAGCCAGGGACUUUUAGCAAGCCCCUCUCUUAGGAAACUCUCCAGCACUCCUUCCUCUCCAUCCUGAGUUUCUGUUGUUCAGUUCCUGUCUCAGUCUGAACACAGAACACUGCUUGCCUCAAUCCCACCUUCCUCCCAUGCCCUUCCAGGCAAAGAAACCACAGCCCAGCUGCCUCAAAGAACAAGAGUCCUUGCAAUUUCUCUGGAAACUCUCCCGGUUCGCUCCCUCAUCAGACAUUUGUGGAUAUGUUCCAAAGGUUUUGGCUGAUGGGAAGAGCAGAUGAGGGCAGAGAAGAAGGUGAAGAAGGGAGGCCUUUAGAAUUAUCCUUCCUCUCUCUUCUGGGUGAAGCUAUGGCUGUGAUUCUUUCAGUAUUUUGCCUUCAAGAUGCUGGAGGAAGGGAGUCAUGGGAAUGGGGGUCAGAGGAAGAUUUCUGCUAAUCCUUCUUUUAGGGCUGGAAAGAUAUGUUUAACCUCCCUUCAAGGCAAAAGCUGGUUCUACCUUUUAGGCUCUGGUACAGCCACAGGAAUAAACCUACCCUACUCUUAUCAAUACAACUAUAUGAGUAUAGAAAUACUUCUUACACUGCAAACGUAGUUACGACCCUUAAAUCUGGCAUAAUCUCAUUGCCCCUGAAUUCGCAAACUCACAUGCUCAUAGCAAUAUCCAUAAAACUAUAUUGAUUUAGGAGUCUACACAACGGACAGAUUCAUGCAUACACGUUCACACAAAGAUACCGAUACCAGGAAUCUUAGUGAAGCUGAGAUGUCACUUUCCUCACAACAGAUAGUCAGCUGUUCAACUGUAGAAUUUCCUGCUUACUGCAGCCUUCUACAGCCAAUGGGGGAAAGAAACCCAAAUCCAACAGCACAAGGAUUCUUUUGCUAUCUGCUAAAGUGGGAUAAAGUAUUGUUUCUGGACCAGACUGCCUAUUGCCAUGGUAACCAGCUCAAACCUAGCAUGUUGGAUAUUCUGGGGACACCUGCCCCAGAGGCCUCAAAGCUAUAGUGCUUGUGGCUGGUGCAAUACUAGGAACUCAGACUCAUAUCACAGAAUGCUUACUCAGUUCACAGCCUCCACAGAGAACACUGCUAGGCACAGUUAGGACACUCACCUCUGCGUACUGCAACCCAGUUUCCCCUCUAGAGUCUGAGUUCUGAGGAAGGAAACUAGCAUGUUUUUACUUAAUAUAUGCUCUAAUGUGUGGUUUUGGGUAAAGUUGCAGAGCUGGAUCAUCCUUGGACAGUACUAUUUGGCCUGGUCACCCCCUUUUGUGGGGGGAAGCAGGGGCAUGAAACUGGGAAAGUGAGUGUCGGGCAGAGAGAAUAAUGUUCCUCCCUGAAGCUCACUACCAGCCAGAGUGCCCCACAGGGAUAUUCCCCUUACAAUCCCUUCUGGGGCUUGGAGAAUGAUGAAUUCCUUUUCCAGGUCUAGGUAAGCAAGGGUCCACUGGGGAAUUUGCCUGCUUGGUCCUGUUCCCCAGAGUCUUUAAUUACAGCUAAACUGAGGACCAGAAUCUGAGCCAGGAAACUACAGAUUUGGAUUCUAAAUGUAGCCAAUAGUAAUGGUAUAUAUAUACUAUACUAAGGGGGUAUGAGUAGAGUGGGAAUGGAAGAGGAAGGUCAUGGAGGAAUUGUGGGAACCCUAGUAUUUCUCCCUGGUUUUCCUCUUCUUCCUUCUUUCUUCUUCCUUCUCAUUAUGAGUUUGAUGGCAGGUGAUGUUUUCAUCAUGCCCUGGGAAUACCUUGGUCUGCUCUUUUCAGGUCAGUGGUUUCCCAAGGAACAGCAGAGGGGCUAGAAGGCACCCAACUGGUUUCUGUUUCUAAUGGGCUGUCUUAGGAGGACAACACAGGGAAGAAGUGCAGCUAAAGCACAGGCAUGAAGAGGGAUGGGGAGAGAUGGAAGGGUAUGACUGGGCUGGUCCUGGUUGCCUUUCUCCCACUUCCUCAAUUCCCCCUUUGGGAAAAAAGGGAAUGAGAUAUAAGGUGGGUGGGAAAGGCAUCUUUGAGAAGCUGCUUCCCCCAACUAAAUUGGGGAGUGGAUACCAUUGGCAUAAGCCCAAAAGGUCAAUCCUUCCCUUGGGUAGGUGGGCCUUCCCUCUUCUUUAUAGGCUGGCAGUAGAACUGGUUGUUGUUAUUGUUUUUAAUGGGGGUGGAGGGGUGGGGGAGGGGACUCAAAAUGGUGGUGUCUUCAGCACAAGGCAGGAGAUUUUUAAAGGCAAAAUUAUAUUUCUUGU